CGUCGCGGACAGCCGCCUCACAGCGAUGGCGGCCAAGCAAGGCCGGCCGUGGUGGCGACUGGGGCUACGGUCGGAGGCGGCAGGGGUGGCGGUAGCGGUGGGUGGUGGGGGUCUGUGACCGGGAGUCAUCCCCGGGCCCUGGCAUCAUGAGCCAAGGCCCCGCCACAGGGGAGAGCAUCGAACCCGAAGCAAAAGUCCUCCACACUAAGCGGCUUUACCGGGCUGUGGUGGAGGCUGUGCAUCGACUUGACCUCAUCCUUUGCAACAAAACCGCUUAUCAAGAAGUGUUCAAACCAGAGAACAUUAGCUUGAGGAACAAGCUGCGUGAACUCUGUGUCAAGCUUAUGUUCUUGCACCCAGUGGACUAUGGAAGGAAGGCUGAGGAGCUGCUAUGGAGAAAGGUAUACUACGAAGUCAUCCAGCUUAUCAAGACUAACAAAAAGCAUAUCCACAGCCGGAGCACCUUGGAGUGUGCCUACAGGACACACCUGGUUGCUGGUAUUGGCUUCUACCAGCAUCUCCUUCUCUACAUCCAGUCCCACUACCAACUUGAACUGCAGUGCUGCAUCGACUGGACCCAUGUCACCGACCCCCUCAUAGACCCCCUGCCUGACCAGGACAUGGACAUUGCGCGCCAGAGGUGGAGGUUUUGUUCGUGCUGCCGCAUGGAAGCAUUUUCUGGAUGCAAGAAACCAGUAUCUGCCUCAGGGAAGGAGAUGGAUUGGGCACAGAUGGCAUGCCAUCGAUGUCUGGUGUACCUGGGGGAUUUGUCACGAUAUCAGAAUGAAUUAGCUGGUGUAGACACCGAGCUGCUAGCUGAGAGGUUUUACUACCAAGCCCUGUCAGUAGCUCCCCAGAUUGGAAUGCCCUUCAACCAGCUGGGUACACUCGCAGGCAGCAGGUACUAUAACGUGGAAGCCAUGUAUUGCUACCUGCGCUGCAUCCAGUCAGAAGUGUCCUUUGAGGGGGCCUAUGGGAACCUCAAGAGGCUGUAUGACAAGGCGGCCAAAAUGUACCACCAGCUGAAGAAGUGUGAGACUCGGAAACUGUCUCCCAGCAAGAAACGAUGUAAAGACAUUAAGAGGUUGCUGGUAAACUUUAUGUAUCUGCAAAGCCUCCUGCAGCCUCAAAGCAGCUCUGUGGACUCAGAGCUGACAUCACUUUGCCAGUCCGUCCUGGAGGACUUCAACCUCUGUCUCUUCUACCUGCCCUCCUCACCCAACCUCAGCCUGGCCAGUGAGGAUGAGGAGGAGUAUGAGAGUGGAUAUGCUUUCCUCCCGGAUCUUCUCAUCUUUCAAAUGGUCAUCAUCUGCCUUAUGGGUGUGCACAACUUGAAGAGAGCAGGAUCCAAGCAGUACAGUGCAGCCAUUGCCUUCACCCUGGCCCUGUUCUCCCACCUCAUCAACCACGUCAACAUAAGGCUGCAGGCUGAGCUGGAAGAGGGGGAGAAUCCCGUCCCGGCAUUCCAGAGCGAUGGCACAGAUGAGCCAGAAUCCAAGGAACCCUUGGAGAAGGAGGAGCCUCCUCCUGUAGAACCUCAGGUGGGUGAGGUCCGAAAGAGCCGGAAGUUCUCCCGCCUCUCCUGCCUCCGCCGCCGCCGUCGCCACCUGCCUAAAGUCGGUGAUGACAGUGACCUGAGUGAAGGCUUUGAAUCUGACUCGAGCCGAGACUCAGCCCGGGCCAGUGAGGGCUCGGACAGUGGCUCUGACAAGAGCCUUGAAUGUGGGGGAACAGCCUUUGAUGCUGAGACAGACUCAGAAAUGAACAGCCAAGAAUCCCGAUCAGACCUGGAAGACAUGGAGGAUGAGGAGGGGACACGGUCUCCAGCCCUGGAACCCCCUCGGACCAGGUCAGAGGCUCCCGAGUCCCUCAAUGGCCCUCUGGGCCCCAGUGAGGCUAGCCUUGCCAGCAAUCUACAAGCCAUGUCCACCCAGAUGUUCCAGACCAAGCGCUGCUUCCGACUGGCCCCCACCUUCAGCAACCUGCUCCUCCACCCCACCACUGAACCUCACGGCUUGGCCAGCUGUAGGCCCUGUAUCAAUGGAGAUGUGGAUAAGCCCUCAGAGCCAGCCUCUGAGGAGGGUUCUGAGUCGGAGGGCAGUGAGUCCAGUGGGCACUCCUGUCGGAAUGAGCGCAGCAUCCAGGAGAAGCUGCAAGUCCUGAUGGCUGAAGGCCUGCUUCCCACAGUGAAGGUCUUCCUGGACUGGCUGCGGACCAACCCCGACCUCAUCGUCGUGUGUGCACAGAGCUCUCAGAGUCUAUGGAACCGCUUGUCCGUGUUGCUGAAUCUGUUGCCAGCUGCCGGUGAACUCCAAGAGUCUGGCUUGGCCUUGUCUCCCGAGGUCCAUGUUCUUCUUGAAAGUUGUGAACUGCCUGACCUCCCCUCUACCCUGCUGCUCCCAGAGGACAUGGCCCUUCGCAGCCUGCCUCCCCUACGGGCUGCCCACAGACGCUUUAACUUUGAUGUGGACCGGCCCCUGCUCAGCACCUUAGAGGAGUCUGUUGUGCGAAUCUGCUGCAUCCGCAGCUUUGGCCACUUUGUCGCCCGCCUGCAAGGCAGCAUCCUGCAGUUCAGCCCGGAAGUUGGCAUCUUUGUUAGUACUGCCCAGUCCGAGCAAGAGAGCCUGCUGCAGCAGGCCCAGGCCCAGUUCCGAAUGGCACAGGAAGAAGCUCGGCGGAACAGGCUCAUGAGAGACAUGGCACAGCUGCGACUUCAGCUUGAGGUCUCUCAGCUGGAAGGGAGCCUACAGCAGCCCAAGGCCCAAUCAGCAAUGUCACCCUACCUCGUCCCUGACACCCAGGCCCUUUGCCAACACCUCCCCAUCAUCCGCCAGCUGGCCACCAGUGGCCGCUUCAUUGUCAUCAUCCCAAGGACAGUGAUCGAUGGCCUGGAUUUGCUGAAAAAGGAACACCCAGGGGCCCGGGAUGGGAUUCGAUACCUAGAGGCAGAAUUUAAAAAAGGAAACAGGUACAUUCGCUGCCAGAAAGAGGUAGGGAAGAGCUUUGAGCGACAUAAGCUGAAGAGACAGGAUGCAGAUGCCUGGACUCUCUAUAAAAUCCUGGACAGCUGCAAACAGCUAACUCUGGCCCAGGGGGCAGGUGAGGAGGACCCAAGUGGCAUGGUGACCAUCAUCACAGGCCUUCCACUGGACAACCCCAGCGUGCUCUCAGGCCCUAUGCAGGCAGCCCUGCAGGCCGCUGCACAUGCCAGUGUGGACAUCAAGAAUGUUCUGGACUUCUACAGGCAGUGGAAGGAAAUUGGUUGAGAUUGACCCCCAAGCCCUGCAGUGGGGCUGACUCCAGAUCUCUCCUGCCCUCCCUGGCUGCCAGGACCACCUGUAGUCACCCCACCACAUGCAGACUCACGCACGCACGCACUCAGAAAGGAAGCCCAGCUGCACAGGAGCUGAGGGAGGGCCCAGGAGCCACCUGGGAGGGUGGGGUCCCCCUGUUGCCAAGAUGAAGUCAGGAAAGUACUUGGAGCAAGAGAGGCCUGUGGGCCCCUAGUCAGCCUUUCUGCCUCAACCCUCCUGCUGUCCCUAGAGGCAGGUGGCAGGCAUGGGUAUCUGCGUUUCAUUGGAGUGAUUCCUGGACAUCCAAGGGGAACGGAUGGCAGGAGAGGCCCUUCUUCCUCAUCCAAGACACAGGGUGGUUGGGGCUAGGAGUUUAGACCCUCUAGCCCUGGGAGAAGAGUGGGUAACAGCCAUCUGAGUGGUUUUCUGCAGACCCUCCUCAAAGACCACCCACUGUCUCAGUUCCCCUUGAGUGGGUUGGGCAGUUCUGGAACUUCAGGGACUCAGGAGUGGCGUGGAGCUGGCUGCAAUCACAGCAGGGCCUGGCCUUGUACCCCGCCUCACACAGGGGGGCCGCACACCCAGUUGCCCUGCUUCUGCUUCUUGUCUCCCUCUGUCUAGCUUCCAGGGCCGGGGGCAGGCCCCUGCCGACGGUCAGGCCUCUAUGCCAGUGAGGGUUCCUGUGCCCACCAGACCUGCAGUCACCGUGCUUUGUGCUCUUGGCUGCUGUGCUGGGGCAGAGUGGGAUGCCAGUAAGGGUAGGGGGUGCAGUCUGAGGCCAGCACCCCCCAACUGGAGAAAGGAGAGGCCUCCUGAAGCUGCUUAGUCAGGGGUCCUUGUCCUGAUGGGCUUCCUACUGUGCCCUUCCCCAGGCCUGAAGGCCUAGUGGGGCGGAGCAUAAGGCUAGUAUUGGAGUGUGGAGGUGACUGAGCAGAGAUCAUGAAUAGCUCAGAGCAGUGAAUGGAGCAUCCAGAGCAAGGCCGCGGGGAGUGGCUUUAGCCAGGAUUGCCUUGGCCCCUCCCCCUGGGGGUGGAGGGUGGGGAAUCUCAGCUCUGCUGUCCCUCACCCCCAUGCUAGCCUAGCUUCCCAGGCUGUUCUCAGAGGAGAGCAGAUUCCUGCCUCCUUCCUCCAAGAUAGCAAGUCUGGGACAACCUGAGGUGGGGGGUAGGGUCACCCCACUCCCAAUCUCUGACAGAGACUAAAGCAUCGCUUAAUAAAGACCCCUGGUGCCCA